UCCUUCUUCCCGAUCUCUGUCUUUUGACUCUUUCCGAUCGAUGAAGUUCUGCCCUGAUUUUAGCUCCUGCUGCCUUCCUACGGCUGAUAGAACUACCACCACCGCAACUGCCACGCAAGCGCCGAAGCUGAGCCGCACUGACUAUGUCAGCGACGCGAAGCGCAACAGGUCGGAAUCCGAGUUAGCACUUGCGGCAACGCAUUGGCGGUCCAAGCUCUCAAUGAUAUCCGAAGACGGCGUCGUUGUGGAUUCCGAUAUCAAGCGUGGACAGCGUGAGAAGAAAUCGUCGACUGGCAGAUCCACUGUCAAGCAACGCAAAUUUGGCUGCAAUAAUAGGAAUUCUUUACAGAUGAUAAUUCGGGCAUUCUCACCGUCGCCGUUCUUGUUUUGACAGCAGCGGAAAUUAUAGUUUUCUUAUAAAUUGUAACUAGAACUUUGAGCAAUUGUAUAUAUACUAUAUAUUUGGCUGUUUCAUUGAAGGGGUUUCAAUUUUCGGCUCCAAUUCUCCCUUAAUUAACAUGAUUUUUGUUUUUGAAAAUGAUAUAUUAGGGUAGGAGUUAGAAAUUAGU